AUGAUAUUCGCAAUUAUCCUCAUUCUAACCGCGCUGACACUCCUUGUUAUAUAUAAAUAUAUCAAAUAUAAAAAAAAUUUUGAUUUAAUAAACCGAAUACCUGGUCCGUCAACGUACCCAAUUAUUGGUAAUAUGAAGAUGCUGAACGUUGCAAUAGAUGAGUUGUGGAACGUACUCCGAAAUGGAAAUAAGCAAUAUUAUCCCAUGACAAGGUAUUGGUUAGGUCCAAAUCCAUUUAUUUCUUUACGUCAUCCUGAUGACUUAGAGUUUAUUUUUAGUGGCACAAAACACCUGGAAAAAGGAUUUGCAUACAAGUUCAUGCGACCUUGGAUGGAAACCGGCCUGUUGACUAGUACAGGAAACAAGUGGCAUCACCGGCGAAAAAUCUUGACACCUGCUUUUCAUUUCAAUAUUUUAAAAAAAUAUGCCGUAACAAUAAACGAACGUGGAAGAGCAUUUGUAGAAUAUUUAAAAAAUGAAAAACAAACAAAUGAGGUAGAACUUAUGAAGUUAUGUACAAAUCAUACUCUAAAUAUUGUUUGUGAUUCAGUUAUGGGUGUUGCGCUCGAUAAUAUAAAUGAAGCAAAUGCUGAAGAGUAUAGAGACGCAGUUACUGCAGCUGGAAAUAUUGUUAUUUAUAGGUCUUUUAGGCCAUUUAUUCCUGAUUGGAUAUUAAAUUGCAUGAAAAUUGGCCGAACACAACAAAAGGUCGUAAAAACCCUUCAUACAUUCACGAAUAAGGUCUUGAAAGAACGAACAAAAUACCACGAUAAUACUGAAAACAAAUAUUUAGCAGAUCUUGAAGAAAACAACGACCAAAUAGAUUCAGACUAUUCGUCGAUGAAUAACGGUAAAAGGAAAAAAUUAGCAAUGCUGGAUUUGUUAAUAAAAGCAAAUAAAGAUGGUUUAAUUGACGAACAAGGUAUACGAGAAGAAUUGGAUACUUUUACAUUUGCAGGACACGAAACAACUGGUAUGGCAUUAAUGUUCACAUUAAUUUUAUUGGCAGAGCAUAAUGAAAUUCAGGACAAAGUUCGAGCAGAAAUUAAAAGUAUCAUAAAUAAGAAUGAGUGUAAUAUAAAAACCACGGAUACACAAGAAUUAUGUUAUUUGGAAAGAUGCAUCAAAGAGUCUCUUCGAAUUUUUCCACCUGUCCAUACUGUUACACGCUUGUUAGAAGAGGACGCGUGCAUAAGAGGGUAUAACAUUCCUAAAGGAACAGAGAUAGGAUGCUUCAUAGUUGAUACACACAGAGAUCCGAAUUUUUGGCCUGAACCAAUGAGAUAUGAUCCUGAUCGCUUCAUUUCUGAAAAUACACAAGGUCGCCAUCCAUUCUCCUACGUUCCAUUUAGCGCAGGACCUCGAAACUGUAUUGCUCAGAAAUUUGCCAUGUUGGAACUCAAAAGCACACUGGCUCAUAUUUUACAUAAUUUUAAAUUAGAACCAGUAACCAAAAGCUCAGAUAUUAAAUUGAUACUCGGGAUUAUAGCUAGACCAUCGAAACCAGUGUACGUCAAAUUCGUUAAGAUUCAUCACAAUUAUUAAUUUAUUAUAAUUCUCAGUUA